UAUCGCCGCCCGCUCUCUCCACAAUCAUUUCACAGCGAGAGAGGAGCCCGUCCUGGUGGAGGAAGAUGAGACACGUUUGACUCGGAGAAACUCAUGGAAAUAGCUGGAUUACUCUGAUUUUUUGUAGCGACGAGGUCGAGAACAGCGUUUGGUGACGAUGAGAGCGUGAGCUGGUUCACAGCUGAUUUAUUUAAGUACUUUCAAACUAAGAGAGAGCUCAACUGAUCUUUAGAGAACAUAACAACAGACACAAAGCGGAAUGUCGUCCACUGAAGAGCCGUCUGGCACCGUCCUGCACCGGCUCAUCCAGGAGCAGCUCCGGUAUGGAAACCCCACAGACACCCGCACCUUAUUAGCCAUCCAGCAGCAGGCCCUGCGUGGAGGCAGUGGAAGCAACAGCGGACCCAGCAGCGGAGGCGACACGGGCAGGAGCCCGCGAUCGUCUCUGGAGAGUCUCACCCAGGAGGACCCUCCAUUCCCUCAGCUCUCCGCGAGGCAGGAGCCUCAGGGCCAGGAGCACCAGGGGGACUACCACCACUCAGAAAGUGGCUACCAGCUCUACCAGCUGCACGGGGAAGAGCUGCCGACUUAUGAGCAGGCAAAGGCGCACUCUCAGUAUCUGGCCUCUCACUGGGCCCCUACAGGCCCCAUCAGGCAGCCCCACGAGGGCACACUCCUGCAUGAGGGGGUCUUCCACGAAGAGGCAGACCUGAUGGAGCUGAAGUGCAGCCAUGUGCGGUCACUCAGUGAGCAUCGCAUGCAGAUAUCUCUGGAGAGGAAUGAUGCAGCUGCUAAAGCGGAGGCCAUCAGGACCACCUCUCACAGCUACCCGGAGCUUCCAUACUACACGCCGCAGGGCCUCCAGAGCUCCGGCCAGAGCCUGGACAAGCGCAGCCCCCCUCCGGAGUACUCAGCCCCCAUCCAGGGCCAAGGAUUUAUCCCUCACCAGGUCCAGGAGCCCUUGCAGGCACAGCAGCACAGGUAUGUCCAGCCUAGUCAGCCAGCAGACGCCCCCUGUUACAGCACGUUCGCCAGCCUGCCACCUGCUGGUUUGGAGGAGCCCAACCAGGUGGAGCUGCUGCUGAUGGAGAAUGAGAGGCUGAGGCAAGAGCUGGAGGCACACAGGGAGAAGACCAGCCGUAUUCAGAAGUUGGAGCAGGAGAUCCAGCGUAUUUCCGAGGCCUAUGAGACACUGAUGCAGGGCAGCAGUAAGAGGGAAAACCUGGAGCAGACGCUGAGGAAGAGGCUCGUGGCUGAGAUCAGGAGGCUGCAGGAUUUCAACAGAGACCUUAGAGAAAACUUGGAAAAUGCCAGAACGCAUGUCGCGAAAGAAGUCGAAGCAGCCGACCACAACCAGCACAUCAUGGCGAAACUGCUUGAGCAAAACGAGGAGCAGAACUUUGAGCGAGAGCGCGUGGAGCGGGAGCUGCAACGGCUGCGAACCACAGCGGAGGAGCAGAGCGCCAGGGCGAAGCGGCUCGAGGAGGCCCUGGAGUCAGCUCGUGGACGGGGUCGCCAGCUUGAGGAGGAGCUGAGGAGGAAGAGGGCGUACGUGGAGAAGGUGGAGAGGCUCCAGAGCGCGCUGGCUCAGCUGCAGUCCACCUGCGAGAAGAGGGAGAGCCUGGAGAUGAAGCUGAGGACGCGACUGGAGCAGGAGCUGAGGAGUCUGAGGGCGCAACAGAGGCAGUCCCAGCCACCAGGAGUGACCAUGGGCUCCCUCCAAGAGCGCCUGCGGGAGCGCGAGGAGCGAAUCCUGGCCCUCGAGGCCGACAUGGUGCGCUGGGAGCAGAAGUACCUGGAGGAGAGCACCAUGAGGCAGUUCGCAAUGGAGGUGGCUGCCACUGCCGCUGCCCAGAGAGACACCACCAUCAUUAACCACUCGCCCUGCCACUCCUCUAACAACAGCUUCAACGAGGAGCUGCCAGUUGCUGACUAUAGGAAUCAGGAGAUGGAGAACAGGAUCCGUGCUCUUUACGCUCAGAUCUUGGAAAAGGACGCCGUAAUCAAGAUCCUGAACCAGCGGCUGCACCAGGACCAGGGGAGGAAGGACGAGCAAAGUCCCCGUACAAACCUCCUGAAUACAUCUCUCCGACCUGCUGCCUCCACUCCCUCCAUCAGCACUGCCAGCAGCACCACAAAGAGUCGAGGUAAGAGCCUAUCGGACGAUCAGACGUUGCCAAACUGUCAGUUCUCUGCUCAGUCCGAACCCGGAACGCUAGAGCGGCAGGUGGAGGGAACCAAAGUCAAAGAGGCUGCCAGCACAACUAAGCUCAACAGUGACAAGACAGCGCCGAAGAAGUUGCUAUUAAACCCCUUCAGAGGCCUGGAAGAGCUGGAGUCAGAGGCAGUGGAAAUCUUCAUUUAAAGAACUGGGAGGCGGAUUUUGAAUGAGAUAAAGAAUCUGUGAAGUGUGCAAGACUUUGAAUUACAUGUUGGAUGCAAGAAUGUCGUGGAAAGAGGCCAACGCACGAAAACAAAAAAAAAGGACUGUUUUCACAUUUUAGAGGCAGAGCUGCGCUCCGACUCACUUUCUCUCACUGAAGCUCGGACAGCUGCAGGCGGUUUGCCCGGCAGGGAGAGAAAAGAUGAAUCUUCUGAGGUACUUGGACAGUAUUGUGGAUUGUAAUAGGGCAACAUGUUGUCAGAGAGUAUAUGCCAAAAUAUUUAUAGAAAUAUAUAUAUAUAUAAUUGCUGCUUACCCCCUUUUAUUCCCCCUUUAUCUCCUUUCCCAAUCGAGUGAAUUGAGAAGCUGCAUAUUUAUCUUAUCUGGGUUCCACAUUCCCCAAAUAUUAACUUAAGCCUCAUGCUCUUCUAGAUAAAUAUUCAGUCAAAGGUUAUCUAUGUGACCUGCCCCCCCAUAAAAAAAAAAGGAAAAAUGUGGCGUCAAUCUGAGUAACCUCAUCCCUAUCACAUGGAUCUUAUUUGUUUGGAAGCCUCCCCCAACCCCCGUUCAAUAAUUUAAGCUUAUAACACAUGAAACACUGCUGAUUUAAAUGCUCUUGCUGCCCAUGUCUCUUAAGCCCGAGUAGCUGGUUCUGCAGGAGCUUAGAGGAGUGCGAGCAGUGGGAUGCAUCAGAUUUCUUUUUUUUGCCAGACUGACACAAACCUGGUGUUGUUUUGGGAGGGCGUUGCAUCAUGGUGUUGAUUUCAUCAUCUGUUGCUUUUUCUGAUCACUUCUCAAAGUAUGUUUGCAUGUGUGGUAACAGUAUGUGAGUGUGAGUCCUGACGUGGUGGUCCUGCUGGUUCGGUCACUGCUGUGGGAUAAAAGUUGAAAACUACACCGUGUUUUUUUUGUUUUUUUGUUUACUGUGAGCUUUGAACUAACAAACAGGUUAAUUAUUAUUAUUAUUAUUAUUAUUAUUAUUAUAUUUUAUACAGAUGUUUGUUAUUUUAGAUAUAAUAGUGCUUUGAGCAGGAUGCCAAAGAGUUUAUGUAUGUUCGUUGUAAGUUAUGUGCCGACAAUCACGGUCAUGUCAAGCUGUACACAACCAACCGAGUGUUGACUUCAAACAGACAUUUCUGUGAACUUCAAACAAUAUGAAGGUUUUUACAGUUGAAUUCAUGCCACAUUUCAUAAAGCAAUAAAAUAUUCUAAUAUA